AGGAUUAUUGUUUAACCAGAUUAUUUCUUUAACAAACUCGCUUUCAUAAAAGUUUAAAAUGUCUUUAGCUGUAAAGAAAACACUGGCGGAGCCGACGAUGACUAUUCAGGAGCCGCCACCGGUUGCACCACAAUUGGGCUCCGUUGCUAUUCCGACAGCACGAAUCUACAAACGAAUACGACUGACGGCACGGAAAUCCAGUGGCACGUCGGUGUCGAUACUGGCCUACGUUAAUCUGCUGGAAGAUACCGGAGGGAACAGCAACGAUGCCCUGCAGGUACUGAUCAAGAUCAGCGACUCGAUGCAGUUCGAUGAGAGCGAAUUUCCGGAGGCGGUACGAAAGCUGGUGGAACACUUUCGACGAGAAUCGGAAUCGGCCGUCCGGGUUAAGAUUCUCUCGCUGUUCGGUGAUUUGGCCAGCGAAACGGGCAUCGAGUGUCCACCGUUGAUUGACGAAGUGAUUGGAUUGCUGAAGACGGAAAUUUCGGCGAAAGUACUUUCGCAGGGACUGUACGCGCUGGAGCGGAUUGGACGAGCCUGCUCGUUGAGUUCGGUGGCGUACAUUAAUAAGAUUGUGUUCUUUGCUAAAAGUAAGCUGUUUUCGCCCAAUCACAAUGUGCAACGGCAUGCGAUUCUACUGCUGGGGGAGUUUGUGCUGGUGUCCGAUGCCGAGAAGGAGAGUCUGGAACUGAUUGGGAUGUAUACGGAUUCGGCUGAUGCUAGGGUGCGGGCGCAGGCGUUUCGUUCGAUGCUGACGCUCGGUGAGCGUGGGGUUCAGCUGCCUGGUUCGCUUUAUGAGAGGGCUUGUCGAGGAUUGCUGGAUGAUUAUGAGUGUGUUCGAAAAGAGGCACUGCAGUUGGUCUAUGAGUUGGGGAUUCGUCAUCCGGAGCAGUCCAUAAAAGUUCCCGAAUCGGAGCAGGAGAUACGUUUGAUUGAUGAUGCUUUCGGGAAAGUUUGUAACGCGAUCUGUGACUUGUCGAUGCAUAUUCGGACACAGGCUGCUGAACUGCUGGGUGGAAUGACGAUGGUGAGCGACGAGUUUUUGCAUCAGACUUUGGAUAAGAAGUUGAUGAGCAACAUGCGUAGGAAGAAGAGUUUACACGAGCGAAAUGCGGAUCAUUUCACCAGUGGCGAGUGGUCCAGUGGAAAGAAGUGGGCCGAUGAUGCACCGAAAGAAUUGGUUAAUGCCGAGUCUGUUUCGCUGAUGGCUUCCGGCGCUUGUGGGGCAUUGGUUCAAGGACUAGAGGACGAGUUUCUGGAAGUUCGGACAGCGUCCGUUAAUUCGAUGUGCCAAUUGGCAUUAAAAAAUCCUCCGUUUGCUGUUACAUCGCUGGAUUUUCUUGUGGAUAUGUUCAAUGAUGAGAUUGAGGAAGUGCGUUUAAGGGCUAUUUAUAGCUUGACAGCCAUAUCGAAGCAUAUAAUCCUCAGGGAAGAUCAGCUGGAGACGAUGUUAAGUUCGUUGGAGGACUAUUCAGUGGAAGUUCGCGAAGGACUUCAUCUAAUGCUUGGUGCCUGCAAAGUGUCUACCAAAGCUUGUCUUUCGCUUGUCGUACAGAAAGUGUUAGAUGUGCUAUUGAAGUAUCCGGAAGAUAGGUAUUCAACCUUCGGUUGUAUGCAACGAGUCGGCCAGAAACAUCCGGAAAUUUGCAUGAUCCUAACACCGCAGUUACUUCAAGAUCAUCCUUUCUUCGAUAGUGCCGAACGUGACGUGGAAGAUCCAUCCUACAUUUAUAUUUUGAUUAUGCUUUUCAACGCAGCUCAAUAUUUGCCUCCCAUGCUGGGACUGUUCCCGGAAACUAUCGUGAAACAUUACGCCUACCUUCGGGACACGAUGCCCAAUUUUGUUCCACACUUGAAUCUGGGUGGUCUGGCAGCAGAAUUACCCCUCACGGGAUCCACAGGAUCUCGUCAAUUUUUAGAAACUCUUCUAAAUAACAUCCAGCUGGCAUAUUCUGCCCCACAGGCUCGCAAAGCUCUUCUCGUAGCGGCUCAGGAAAAUCUAGAUCGGCUAGCUGAAAUUGAUCCCUCUUUUUCGGGAACAGCUAAUUUUACGGCUACCUUUUUGGGUACUCAACUGCUAAUGGAACAACUGCAAGUAGCCAUAUCGGGCAAACCAACGGUUGCUCCGUUGAAAGAUUGCCUUAAUCAGCUGAUCCGAAAGUGUCUUGAGCUGCAAAAUCUCUUCUGCUGUCUGACAAUCGAAGAUCAUCUGCUGGUCAAGCAGAUGUGUCUUCGAGCGAGUGCUCUAAAUUUGGUAUUAGUGGUGAAGGAUCGCACCCAAAGUGCUCUGGCACCUUGCCAGUUACUGUUGCAAAUUGCUGCAGAUGCCAGCAAUUUUCUGCAGGAAAAUACCACCCUCGCUGCCGAUUCAUUUACAUCCGCCAUCCUCACGAAGCUGGCCUCGAUAGGCGAUCCCAAACCAGGACGAGUGUUUCGAGAAAUAUUACCCGUCGUGCAAGCAGCCGCUCCGGUAGUUAUUCCUAAAAUUAACACCGAUAUUAAAAUGUGCAAAGCCCGCAUUAUCGAACCAUCGGAGAACUACCACAACUCGGACAACACGGUCAAGGUAACGGCCGGGCUGAUUGCGGCCGUUCCACUGGUCGCCGAAUUGGAAAAUCUCCCGGAAGCGCAACGGGAAGGUCUCCGGUUGAAAGUCAAAUAUCCCGAUCAGAAUGUACACAUAAUCGUACCGCGAAAGCGUGAUCUCAAGAAGAUUAUGACCGAGGAGGGAGAAAGCCAGUCGCACUGGAGACUACGGACGACCGUUCUGCUUUCGCAUGGCGUUUGGACCGAAGCGUGCCCGGUGGACAUCGGUAUUUGCCUGUCGGUGAAACCGAACAGUGAGCUCGAACUGUGCAAACCGGUGAAGGUGCAGUUUGCUCCGAAGCCCGUGAAACGGGGCAUCUAAGGAAGGGUGAGUGAGAAGUAUGCUUAAGGUAAGGACUGUACAAAUACGA